GAUCUUUCAUAUUCUUGGUUACCAACUCUUGGUCGAUAGAUCAAAUUGUCGACGUAUUUUUGUGACAGUAGUGACUGUGAAGAGUCACGCUCAACAAAGUCGUUCUGUUUGUAGGUUGUUUAAAUAAUUUGUAAUAUGGUUACGAUGGGCGAACCCCUCACUUUAGCAAAUGAUGUUAAGAGAUCCAUUGAAUUACUAGACAAAUUACAGAAAGGUGGAGAAAUACCUGCAACAAAAUUAGCUGCCUUACAAAAAGUUUUACAAAGUGAUUUCCUCAGUGCUGUACGUGAAGUAUAUGAACAUGUAUAUGAAACUGUAGAUAUUCAGGGUUCUCAAGAUGUUCGUGCAUCUGCCACUGCGAAAGCAACAGUUGCUGCUUUUGCAGCCAGUGAAGGACAUGCACAUCCACGGGUAGUAGAAUUACCAAAAACUGAGGAAGGCCUUGGUUUUAAUGUGAUGGGAGGCAAGGAACAGAACUCACCCAUAUAUAUUUCACGAAUUAUCCCUGGGGGAGUUGCUGAUCGACAUGGUGGUUUGAAACGUGGUGAUCAGCUUCUUUCAGUGAAUGGAGUUUGUGUUGAAGGAGAAAAUCAUGAGAAAGCUGUAGAAUUGUUAAAGCAGGCACAAAAUUCUGUGAAAUUAGUUGUGCGAUAUACUCCACGUGUUUUGGAAGAGAUGGAAUUACGAUUUGAUAAACAAAGAGCAGCACGAAGGCGUCAACACAUGCAAUAAAAACUAAAAAUAUUUAUUU